AUGUCCGAUGCUAAAAAGAACCUCAAAUCUGCCGACUCCAUUGAUGAGCAUCAUGGAAAGACUCUUGAUCUAAUACAUGAAGGCGAAGUAGAAGUUACCAACGGGGAGGCACGCCGACUUCGAUGGAAAUUAGAUUUACGUCUACUUCCACUAUUGUGUCUCACCUAUGCCCUUCAGUCUAUCGAUAAGACAACGCUUGGAUAUGCUGCUAUUUUCGGUCUGGAAACAGACUUGAAGUUAGAAGGGUCCGAGUAUUCCUGGCUAGGGGCAAUCUUCUAUUUAGGGUAUCUGAUCUGGGAGUUUCCCACAAACAUCAUGCUACAAAAGCUUCCCAUAAAUUAUUUCAUGUCUACUACGGUUAUCAUCUGGGGUAUCAUUCUCAUGUGCCACGGAGCCGCUCAGAAUUUCGCCGGAGAAGCGACAGUCCGCACCUUACUAGGCAUGUUGGAGUCUUCAAUCAAUCCAGGCACAAUGCUUCUAUUUUCUAUGUACUAUGUGCGUCAUGAGCAGCCUUUACGGAUGGGUAUAUGGAUUGGAUCUGCAGGUCUCGGCUAUGUAAUUGCAGGCAUUUCUAGCUUUGGCAUUGGUCACAUCAAAUCAUCCAUAGCUAGUUGGCGAUUACUAUACAUCAUAUGGGGAGCAGUUACUGUUGCAUGGGGGCUCAUUUUAUUGGUUUUGUUGCCAGGCUCACCUCUCACGGCAAAUUUUUUGACUGAACGCGAGCGAGCUUUGAUUAUUGCUCGAGUGAACGGAAAUGGAACUGGGCUUGAAAAUAAAAAGUUUAAAUGGUCGCAGUUCAAAGAGGCAGUGUUUGAUCUCAAGACAUGGCUUUUGUUUCUCUAUGCGGUGGCUAGUAACGCCCCAAAUGGAGGGCUAACAACGUUUCAAGGACUGAUCAUCAAGGGUAUGGGAUUUUCGACUUUACAGACCACCUUAAUCCAGAUGCCUUCUGGCGGUGUUCAGCUGAUUAUUUGCUGCCUUGCUUGGUACGAAGACAUCUUUUCCUUGGGUAUGAUUGGCUUCUUUGCUUCUCGCUACUCCAAUGCCCGUAUUUCUAUCAUGAUCAUCUGCAUUAUCCCAUUUCUUGUCGGAACCAUCGGACUUUGGACAAUCCAAAAGUCAAAUCCGUACGGACGACUUGUAUGCCUCUGA